GACGCGGCGGGAGGGCGGAGGGAGUGGCGGCUAGGUCCCCGAGGGCCCCCAGCGCCAGGUGGGGCUGAAGCACCGGGCUCCGCGGCGGGCCCAGGCCGCCGGUGACGGGAUCCGCCUCAGCUGUAGGAGGCUGGCCGCUUGGGCCGGCGCGGGCCAGUCCCACUGGGAUCCUUCGGGUCGAAUGGAUCCGGCCGACCGGGUACUCAGAGCUUCCCCUGUUCCAUAUACUCAGGGGAAGGAUAACCUUUCUCCUCUUGAACAGCUCCAGUCCCCACUGUGACAGUCACAGGAUCCGCAGCGACGAGUGCGCGCGCGUGGUGUGAAGUGUUGUGCACAGUCCCACACCUGUUUAUUGGCUCCGCCCCGCAGCUUGUGUUGAAGGGAUGUCGUGGCAGGAACUGAGGUUUUCCGCACGGGAUGCUACCCUAAAAGAGGGGCGUCUUAAUAACUGAAAAUGAUUUGAAACAGCUGGGCUGGAAGUAGCUUACGCUCUGAUUAAUAAAAGGAAGACUCGGUAUUAUCACGUGACUGCAAACAUAUAUUUUGCUUAUCAAUCUGCCGGAAAGAGUUGUAAUGACAGACUUCAGGUCAAAGGACAGGAGUUGUGUAUACUUACUAAUUUGCUGUGCAAAUUAUUUGCGAUGAAAUGGCAGACUAAGCAAGAAGAUUGGAAGAAAGUAGACCUGGGACUUAGAGAUAGGAAAAUAAACCGCUAAGAAAACUGCAGAAUUUGGGAAAAACUGAUAAACAUCUGAUGAAGCCAUGACCAGGUGGGCACGAGUUACUACCACACAGAACAAAAGACCCUUCCCUGCAACAUCAUGGGAGGACAUGAAGAAGGGGUCCUUUGAGGGAAAAAGCCAAAACCUACCAAAGAGUAAACAACUUGAAGCCGAUAGUCUGUCCCUUAAAAAUCAUGCAUCCCAAGCAAAACACAAAAAGAAUAAAAAGAAAAAGGAGUAUUUUAAUGAAGAUGUGAACGGAUUCAUGGACUAUCUAAGGCAAAACUCACAGAUGGUUCGCAAUGGGGAGAUGAUAGCAGCAGACAGUCAGGAAGUCAGGGAAGAAAUUGCAGUUGCUUUAAAGAAAGAUAGUCGCCGGGAAGGAAGACGAUUAAAAAGACAAGCAGCAAAGAAAAGUGCAAUGGUAUGUUUCCAUUGUAGAAAACCUGGCCAUGGGAUUGCAGAUUGCCCAGCUGCCCUUGAGAAUCAAGAAAUGGGCACUGGAAUAUGUUACCGGUGUGGAUCCACAGAGCAUGAAAUAACCAAGUGCAAGGCUAAAGUAGACCCAGCUUUUGGUGAAUUUCCUUUUGCAAAAUGUUUUGUUUGUGGGGAAAUGGGACAUCUGUCCAGAUCCUGUCCUGAUAAUCCCAAAGGACUCUAUGCUGAUGGUGGUUGCUGCAGACUUUGUGGCUCUGUGGAACAUUUUAAGAAAGAUUGCCCCGGAAGUCAGAAUUCAGAUCGAAUGGUCACGGUUGGUCGCUGGGCAAAGGGAAUGAGUGCGGACUAUGAAGACAUUUUGGAUGUGCCUAAACCACAGAAACCCAAAACAAAGAUACCUAAAGUUGUUAAUUUUUGAUGAUUAGUGCUAUCGUUUGUUAGCACCUCAUUGUUAAACAUUCUGAACUGGGCCUACUUCAUAAGUUGGAGCUGGACUCUCCCUUGGAGUCCUGUAUUGUAGAUAUCAGUAUAAUCUAGGUGUGGUCAAAGCAGUUCCUGAGUUCUGUCCAUCAAGGAGCACUUCUACCAUUGUUUGGAGAAAAUCACUGAAAAAAAGUAUAAUGUGUUCAAAAUGGAUUUUCUAAAAGAAUAUAUUUUUAACCAGCAGAACUUAGGUGUAACUCAGUGGUUAUAUACCUGAUUGUAGCAAUCAUCUUUUUCUAAAAACAAAAUUAUGCAUUAAUAUGAACUAUCCCUAAACAUAGGGUACCUGCUUUGCAUUUGGAAAUGAAUUUUUGUUAUAUUGUUUUCUUGGUUCAAAGUAUCAGUUUAUUAUUAUAUUAGAAAUUAAUUUAUAAUUGCCACAAAAUCUGUAUUUUAAAAAUAUUUAAUAAAAACUCA